AUGCCUCCAUCAAUAAGCAAAAGGAUAAAAACUUUGUCGGUAAGCAGGCCAGUAAUAUAUGGUAAUACCGCUAAGAAGAUGGGUAGUGUUAAACCACCAAAUGCCCCCGCUGAACACACUCAUUUGUGGACAAUCUUUGUAAGAGGUCCACAGAAUGAAGAUAUAUCUUACAUUAUCAAGAAGGUCGUUUUUAAACUCCAUGACACCUAUCCAAACCCUUUAAGAUCUAUAGAGGCGCCUCCGUUUGAACUGACUGAAACCGGUUGGGGUGAAUUUGAUAUAAACAUCAAGAUAUAUUUUGUGGAGGAAGCCAACGAGAAAUUGUUGAACUUUUACCAUCGAUUACGACUUCAUCCAUAUGCUAAUCCCGCUCCAAGUACCGACAAUGAAAACGAGAAUAACCCACCAGGCCGUAACGCUAAAGACGCAGAAGUUAGUUCCGUUUUCUUUGAUGAAAUUGUGUUUAAUGAACCAAAUGAAGAAUUUUUUAAAAUUCUAAUGAGCCGACCAGGAAAUGUCUUACCUUCAAACAAGACCGAUGAUUGUGUGUACUCCAAACAAUUGGAACAGGAAGAAAUCGACAAGAUAGAUAUUGGCAUAGAAAAGGUUGAUAGGGAAAUAAAUGAAUUGAAGCAAAAGCUAGAAAGCCUAGUAAAAGAAGAGGCUACUCAAUAA